AUGUCAACUACUAAUACAGAGGUGCAUACAGAAGAAGUAGGGAAGUUGAGCACUCGCACACAGGGUGUGCACAACCUCUCUACAGGUGGAUUCAAGUACAGGAACUUGCGUCCUGAGUUCAAAGACAAGUAUGAAGAACGUAGACACACGCUCGAACACAUGGCUGGUGUGUUUCGUGUGUUUGGCAGACGUGGAUACGGCGAAGGUGCAGCAGGUCACGUGUCCGUAAGAGAUCCAGUGGACAGAAAUACAUUCUGGAUCAAUCCGCUAGGAGUGCACUUCUCUCAGAUCAAGGUGUCGGACUUGGUACAUGUUGACGAGAAUUGUAACAUCUUGCCUGAUGGGAACCAAGUUGCGAUUAACGCGGCAGGAUUCAAGAUCCACUCUCAUUUGCACAAAGCACGGCCAGAUGUGAAUGCAGCGUGCCACACGCACUCGACGUAUGGUAAGGCAUGGUCUACGUUUGGCAGGCCCUUGGAGAUGUUGAACCAGGACGUUUGUAUGUUUUACAAGAAGCACACUGUGUAUGAAUCGUUUGGAGGCGUGGUGCUUGAAGAUGAGGAGGGCGAGCGUCUUUCCCAGGCUCUUGGGGACAAUAAGGCUAUCAUUUUGCAGAACCACGGUCUUUUGACUGUGGGAGAGACGGUAGACGAGGCUGGGUAUUUAUUCACGUUGAUGGAGAAGUGCUGUGAGGUGCAGCUCUUGGUGGAAGCUGCUGCGAGAUCGGGGCUUGAGAAGAAGAUAAUUGGCGAUGAGGAGGCAUACUACACUUAUUUCAAUACGUCUGACCCGGAAACGUUGUACACAGAGUUCCAACUCGACUACAACCUCGAGCUUGAGCUAACGAAAGGUGCGUUCUUGGAGUAG